AUGUCCGUAAAAGGUCUCACAGAAACCCUUCCCGUGGAGGCUCGUCACGAAGUCUAUCCCACCAUUGACCCUGCCUCGGCAUGGGCUUCUCAGUCUUUCAAAGGCAAAGCCGUCUUCCUUACUGGCGGUAGCCGCGGUAUCGGACGCGAGACCGCCAUCACCUUCGCGAAGGCCGGUGCGGCGGUCGCUGUCGCCGCGCGGUCCGAGGCCAAGUUGGAGGAGACCAAGGCCGCCGUGCUAAAGGAGGUGCCGGAUGCGAAGGUUGAGAAAUAUGUCGUAGACGUGAAGAACACCGCGCAGGUCGAGGCCGCAGUGGAGGCCGCCGCCGCCGCAUUUGGUCGUCUGGACGUUGUCAUUGCCAAUGCUGGCGCGUUGACCACCUUCGGCAAGACCAUGGACGAGAAGCCGGCCGACGGCUGGUGGAACACUUUCGAGAUCAACGUACUCGGCGUGUACAACACCAUCCGUCCUGCCGCGAAGUACCUCCGCAAGACGAACGGCACCUUCAUUGCCAUCAGCUCCCUGGCAGCGCAGCUUCGGUGGCCGGGCGGCAGUGACUAUGAGACGUCGAAGCACACCGUCAACAGGUUGAUCGAGUUCAUCGCACAGGAGAACCCGACUGUGAAGGCGUUUGCACUUCAUCCUGGUUCCGUCGCCACCGACAUUGCUCAGGAGUCCGGACUGAUCGAGCAGGGUAUGGAGAUGCCGGAUCCUGCUGCACUACCGGCGUCGACGAUGUUGUACCUCGCCUCGGGCAAGGCCGACUGGCUUAGUGGGCGUUACGUCGAAUCGACCUGGGAUCUUGGACAGGUCGAGCGCGAGUGGAAGGAGAAGAUCAUCGAGAAGGACUUGUUGAUCAACAAGCUCGACGUCGUCGCGUAG